AUGGCACUCUCGCGAUAUCUCCUGCUCCUCGUCGUCUUCUUCGUCGCUUUCGCCGCGCAUCUCGCCGUCGGCGCUUCCGCCCUCCACGGCGUCGGGGAGCCCACCCCGCAGCGCGCUCCCGACGACGCCAGCAAGGUCAAGCGUCCCCUCCCUGCCGAACCUCCGCGAACGGUGCCAGUGCGGGAAUCGGGUUCUUUUAAAUCCCUGGAAGCUCGUCGCGUUCGCUCGUCCAUGUGGCAGUGCUCGUUCCUCGCAAACCCCUUCCUUGCUGUUUCUUUCCCACCGCUCUCCGCCCCUCACUACCCCCUGCUAUCUUUCUGGUCUACAUUCCACCAGGCCACAGGAGCCGCGCACGCGGACGGCGCGCGGCGCACUGCGCUCGAGGGGCGCGCGAAAGCUGUCUUCCGCUCAACGGGGAGCUCCGCGACGCCGGGGGGACCGCACUCCCUCCUGUCAAUGCUGCCGGCGCGCGCUCUUCCCCGUCGCGCGCUCAAGGACGGCGCGACAGACCUGAACUCGCCGCUGCAGGUCGUUGAAACGGACAGCGAGAGCGUCAGUAUCGAGGACAACGACUUCGAGGGAGUCGUGCUUGGCGACGAAGCGGCAGAGAUCCGCGGAGAACCCCGCAGGGGGCUCGCGCAAGGUAAGGGAAACGACUUGAAAAGGCUUGGGAGCGACCUGGCGAAGAAGGCAGCGAAAAAGGCUGGCGAAAAGGUGGCAAUAAAGGCGGCAGAGGCUGUGGCGAAGAAAGCACUGGAGUCCGUGGGCGGAUCAGCAGUAGGAGGCGUUGCGUCGAUCAUAGGCGUGGGAGGCAAGGACACCAUGCUCUCCAAGGUUGGAGAGGACCUUGAAAAAUCCGGCAAGGUUGGACGCGUUAUAGGAAAGAUAAUGCAAAACAAGGUUGUGAACGCCGUAGUGAAUACGGUGGUGCCUAAACCGCUCAUGAUGGGGCUGAAUGCGGCGGCGGGGAAAUACAAGGAGAUCAAGAAGGGGGUGGUGGUAGCGGGGAAAGAGAUUGGGAAGGGUGCUAAGGCUGCAGUGAAGGGGGUGGGGAAGGCAGGGAAGGCGGUUGGGAAGGCUGUGGGUGGUGCAGCCAAAGGCGCAGUGAAGGGGGUGGGGAAGGCAGGGAAGGCGGUUGGGAAGGCUGUGGGUGGUGCAGCCAAAGGCGCGGUGAAGGGGGUGGGGAAGGCAGGGAAGGCGGUUGGGAAGGCUGUGGGUGGUGCAGCCAAAGGCGCAGUGAAGGGGGUGGGGAAUGCUGCUAAGAAAGUUGCGGGUGCAAUCACAGUGUGA